AUGGACGAAAGUAUUGCUCGGGAUAUUUCAGAGCAUUUUAAUGUGAUAAAUAAGCUUGGCGAGGGUGCUUAUGCAUCUGUAUACCACUGCAUUUCUCUGAAAACAAAAAAAGAGGUUGCCGUCAAAGUUUUGCCAAAGGCUCAAAUGAGCGAAAAAGAAAUCGCCUUGUCAGUUCAAGAAGUGGAAAUUUUGGGAAGCCUGGACCAUCCUAACAUUGUUAAGUUUGAAGGGAUCAAGUAUUGUGAAAGUGCUUUUUUUCUAGAAAUGGAACUACUGAGAGGUGGGACACUUAUGAACUUAAUUAACAGCAGAAAGUUAACUGAGCAGGAGGCUUCUGAAAUUAUGAAAGGAGUGUUCGAAGGAGUGGCUUAUUUUCAUGAGAGAAAAAUAGUUCAUCGGGAUCUUAUUUUUUCUGAAUUUUUAAGUAGAAAUUCUCAUUGUAGUUUUUAUGAGAAAAUAUUAAAAAGUAAUUUCAGUAUAGCUCAUACCCUUUAUAGAUUUCUUUAUCGAGCAAAAUGUACUGGAUUAUUGAACGACCAAGAGAGACUCUAUUAAAGGAACGGCUAGAUAUCUAUAUCAGGAAGUGCUAAAAAGUGACAUGUCAAAAAAUGGUGACAAGUCUGAAAAAAAGUUGACAAGUAAACGCGCCAAUUUUUAAAAUGGAUUUAUUAUUAAAAUAAUUUAAAACUUAAGAUAUUUUAAUUUUAAUCAAUUAUUAAUUAUGCUAAGCACACAUCAUAUGAGAGUCGAUAAGAACUUCUUAUAUAUUUAAAAUCACAAGCCACGCACUUUGCAAAUUAUAGCUCUAGUCUUCAUAAAUAAAUUAGCAUAAAAUAAAGAAAUUCCAUCGAGCCGAAAAAUGCACAUCGAGUUGCCUGUUUUUGAUUUCACUUAUAAGCCAUAUUGAAUUUUUGCUAAAUACUUCUCAUAUGAGUCGAUGAGAACUUUUUGUAUAUUUAAAAUCACAAGUCACGCACUUUGCAAAUUAUAGCUCUAGUCUUCAUAUAUAAAUUAUCAUAAAAUAAAGAAAUUCUAUCGAGCCGGAAAAAUGCACAUUGAGUUGCAAGUUUUUGAUUUUCACUUAUAAGCCAUAUUGAAUUUUUGCUAACUCCCCCCCCCCCUCCGUGAGCGAACAAAACCAUUAGAAAAAAUCGCCAUUUUUUGACCAAAAACCCACCCUCCGUGAGUGAACAAAAAUUUUUUUAAUAGAAAAAAUUUUAAUGGAAAAAAAUUUUGAUAUAUAAGUGAUAAUUAGUAUAAUGAAAUCUAGAGCUAAUUCUGUUUAAUUUUAAACAAAUUGCGUUUUAAAACAUAAAUUUUGCAAAUUAAAUUAAUAUUUGCUUCCCAAUUUUUGCAAAUUAGGAUUUUUUUUAAAUUUCGAAAAAAAUAUUUUUUUAUAAAAUUUUAUAUAUAAAUUUUUUUUAAAAAAAAAAAUUAACCCCCCUCCGUGAGCGAACAAAAUUUUUUUGUUCGCUCACGGAGGGGGGGGGGGAGUAAGUACUUCUCAUAUGAGUCGAUAAGAACUUUUUAUAUAUUGAGAUACACAAGCCACGCACUUUGCAAAUUAUAGAUCUAGUCUUCAUAAAUAAAUUAGCAUAAAAUAAAGAAAUUCCAUCGAGCCGGAAAAAUGCACAUCGAGUUGCAAGUUUUUGAUUUUCACUUAUCACAAGCCACGCACUUUGCAAAUUAUAGCUUUAGUCUUCAUAUAUAAAUUAGCAUAAAAUAAAGAAAUUCUAUCGAGCCGGAAAAAUGCACAUUGAGUUGCAAGUUUUUGAUUUUCACUUAUAAGCCAUAUUGAAUUUUUGCUAACUCCCCCCCCCCCCUCCGUGAGCGAACAAAACCAUUAGAAAAAAAACCCCAUUUUUUGACCAAAAACCCACCCUCCGUGAGUGAACAAAAUUUUUUUAAUAGAAAAAAUUUUAAUGGAAAAAAAUUUUGAUAUAUAAGUGAUAAUUAGUAUAAUGAAAUCUAGAGCUAAUUCUGUUUAAUUUUAAACAAAUUGCGUUUUAAAAACAUAAAUUUUGCAAAUUAAAUUAAUAUUUGCUUCCCAAUUUUUUGCAAAUUAGGAUUUUUUUAAAUUUUCGAAAAAAUAUUUUUUAUAAAAAUUUAUAUAUAAAUUUUUUUUAAAAAAAAAAAAUUAACCCCCCUCCGUGAGCGAACAAAUUUUUUUUGUUCGCUCACGGAGGGGGGGGGGGGAGUAAGUACUUCUCAUAUGAGUCGAUAAGAACUUCGUAUAUAUUGAGAAUCGCAAGCUUUGCAAAUUAUAGCUCUAGUCUUCAUAAAUAAAUUAGCAUAAAAUAAAGAAAUUCUAUCGAGCCGAAAAAUGCACAUUGAGUUGCAAGUUUUUGAUUUUCACUUAUAAACCAUAUUGAAUUUUUGCUAAAUACUUCUCAUAUGAGUUGAUAAGAACUUCUUAUAUAUUGAGAAUCGCAAGCCACGCACUUUGCAAAUUAUAGCUCUAGUCUUCAUAAAUAAAUUAGCAUAAAAUAAAGAAAUUCUAUCGAGCCGGAAAAAUGCACAUUGAGUUGCAAGAUUUUGAUUUUUACAACUAUUAUUAAAUUUAAAUAUUAAAUUUAAAUAUAUAUAUAAAUCAAAAUAUUUAAAGCCAAUAUAUAAUGUGUAAUUAUAUCUUUCUGUCUAAUUGAGUAUCUUAAGUUUUAAAUUAUUUUAAUAAUAAAUCCAUUUUAAAAAAUUGGCGCGUUUACUUGCCCAACUUUUUUCAGACUUGUCACCAUUUUUUGACAUGUCACUUUUUAGCACUUCCUGAUAUAGAUAUCCAACUCGUUCCUUUAAUAGAGUUUUUCUUGGUCGUUCAAUAAUCCAGUACAUUUUGCUCGAUAAAAAAAUCUAUAAAGGGAUAUAAGCUAUAUAAAAUAAGCUACCAGGGAUCUAAAGCCUGAAAAUAUUUUGUUUGCAGAGCCAAACCUAAUUAGUUCACUUAAAAUUACUGACUUCGGGCUUAGCUCAAAUUACAGCUACGAUUCUCGUUUAGAUACUAAAACUGGGACAAUGAUUUAUAUGGCCCCAGAACAAGUUUUAUCUAACUUUUACGGUGAGCAAGUAGAUAUUUGGAGCUGUGGAAUGAUAUUGUACAUGCUUAUAGUAGGAAGCCAUCCUCUUUAUGAGCCAGAUGAUGAUACAAGUUCUUAUACUUGAAAACUGAAAAACGUUGAAUGGAAUUUUCCUGAUGAUUUCCCUCCUUUAGCGAAGGACUUAUUUUUACGCUGCACUGCAAUAAACCCAUUUUUACGUUACACAGCUGAUUUGGCACUGAAUCAUCCUUGGAUCACUCGCAAAAAUUCAGUCAUACCUAAAACGCAUUUAGAAGAUGUCAGGAAUUAUACCUAAUUAUCUAAAUAGUCGUAAAGCUAUUUUUAUAUAAAAAAAUAAGAAAAAUUUUAGCCAAUAUCCUAUACCACGAUAAGCUUAAAAUGAAAACAAUCAUCAUGGAAUGCUUAAUUCUCUCAGGAAUCCUCCAGCAGCAGUCUCCCGAAAUAUCCGAAAAAUACAAAGAGCUACUCCAACACUUACCCCGCACCCCUGACCCCGAAAUGAGCGAAGAGGAAGAAGAAUUCUCCCCACCAAAGAAAAUCCAGUCCCUCAACACCGAAACGAAAUCUUCAUUUUUACGCACCACAUUAAAAACAAAAUCAUUUCUAACUGUCCCAAUGUCAAAAUUCGGCCCAUCUUCUCCUACUCUUUCCAGAUCCAAUUCAAAUGGGCAUCUUCGAGGCAUCCAAACUACUAAAAACAAGACCAUGGUGAUUUUAAAAAGAGAGAAAAAGUAG